AUGUGCAGCGGCGCACUUCAAAAUGCAACUCCCCUUGCUCAUUUCAGAAGCGCGCUCUUUGUCACAUUUGAGGUUAUGUAUAACAGGCAAAAACUUCCUCGUUUCAUGUCGCGCGAGUGGCUUUUGUACCAAGGCUACUGCAGCCACCAAGCCUGCAAACACCCGAUAUGCGAGGACAAGUGCAUCGUCACUGGGAAAGACGGAUUCGCCUUCCCGCCGGGACUCCGCAUCCCCACCAAUUGGAUCUGUCUGAACGAGAAACACCUCCCUGAAGAUUCCAACACGCAAAUAAUUCACUCGAUCGGAGAGCUACUAGUCCCACAAGUGAUUGAAUGCUACUGCGAAGAGCCCAUCUUCACCACCGAUGCAGUCUACGAUCAGUGGGGGAACCGGAUGGCGACUGAGUUCAUGCCGAAAAUGUACGCAGACUGUCCCUAUGUGCCCCUGGCACCCAGACUGUCUCUGAAGGUCAUUGAGCAAAGGGAGAUGGCAACAGCUGCAAUCAUAGAUGUCGCCGGGAUGGCUGCUUGGCAACCUAUAGUGGCGAAACUGAAAGCUAUCACGGCAGAAGGAACCAGUCAGCCUCCGCCGAUGGUAGCAUCCGAAAGCCAGUCGACACCAGCAAAGGUGAACGGUGGGCUCAAAAUAAGGGGCUCCGCAGGCACCAAAAAGAGAAAGGCUGAGGCGGUUGACCAGGAUGCGGUGAAGAAACCAAAACCAGUCAGGACGUCGAAACGUCUCAGGGCCAAGAAGCAGUCCCCUUCAGCCCACUAA